AUGGCACACGCCGAUAUGACCGACAGCAGACGCCAGACCAAGGCGGGUCGUCCGACGCCAGGAGAUGCGCUCGCGCUUCCGCACGUCAUCGAGGCCAUUGCCACGAGCUUGGACAACCAGAAGGACUUUAGCAGCUUUCUGCACGUGGUGCCACGCUCGCUCUGGACACCGGCGGUUACGGCCUUUCUCGACUGCACCGCGGCCAUGCCAUAUUCGCUCGUCGCCAGCUGGCCGCGCAUUGUGCUGAACAACAUAGAGUUGCCGCCUUCGGUCUUGGCGCUGCUCGCGGCGACGCUGCCACUGCGUCCACGUAUUCAACUCAAGUGCUUCGCGGACGCCAACCCACUGGCCUCGCUCGUUACCGUCCUCGGCCCUGCGCUCAACAGCGUCAUGUCCAUCGACCUCCAUAACACGACUGUGACACCACGACUCGGGCGUCUCUUGGCCGCAUGGCUCUCGACGGCGCCGGCGACGAAGCUCCGAUUGGCCAGUCUCGACCAGAUGGACCACGAUGGGGCCAUUGCGUUCUGCGAUGCGCUGCAAGCCAACACUACCCUCCAAGAGCUGGCCAUCAGCCACGUCCCCAGCCUCGGUGGCUUCCACGGCCGCACGCUUCCAGUGUCGUUGAGGAGCCUCGAGUGGAAUGGGCCGUUAUUUAGAGUCGUCAACGUUGCAACGCUGACGGACCUUGCGACCGCCGUCGGGCCCACGCAGCUCGAGCGUCUCGCCUGCAACGUCUUUGGUUUGCUGGCGACCUAUCCGGCCGCGGCGUCGAUGCUAUCGCAACUGCAGUCCCUUGUCGUCUCCUGGUGGAGCGCUGACUCCAUGCCGGCAUUGAUCGCGGGCUUGUCGUCGGUCCCGGCGCUGACGUCUCUUGAUCUUUGCAAAUCCAACCUCUCAACCUCGAUGGAGCUGUUCAUGAGGACGCUUGCGACGACGUGCAUGCAUCUCAAGACGCUGUCUGUCGACGAUGAUUUGACUCGCGAUGGGUCUGCGGCUUUGCUGUCGGGUGUAUUGCAGUUGCCACGCUUGGCGACGCUGGACCUCUCGAUGCAUCUGCUGGAUGUGUUGCACGUGCUUCCAGAACUCGUAGCUGCGGGCCGCCAACUCCGCCACCUCGCAUUGAGUACCAUUGAGUGCGACAACUACGAUCUGGAGAAGCGAGCGAUCUGCAAGGCGCUGGCGCAAGUCCAUGACGUCCCAUUUGUGCUUCAGACGUUGCCAGAAGACAUGGACAAGUUCGUGGUCGACGCGCUCAGCCCACGCGCCGAUCGUCGCCACCAGUGCGACUUGGACUUCGAAUAGCAACAUUUAGGCUCAUAGCGACCAUUGUGAAUACUAACCAACUUUGUGGUUCCGACACAAAUCCC